UUGUAUAAUAUCUGUUAAGGGCUGAAUGGAUGCUGUCUGUACAAGGAGGGUUUAAGCAAGGAUUCCCUGUAGUUACUCUCUACACUAAUCUAGGAGAAGAUGCUGUAGUUCAUGGACUAAAGGAGACGGAGGCUGAGACUGUAAUAACCUCCCACGAGCUGCUGCCUAAGUUUAAGAGGAUCCUGAAGGACAAUGAGGACAAGGUGAAGACUAUCGUUUACCUGGAGAAUCCGAUCAAACGGACCGAUGUCUCAGGAUACAGAGAUAACGUCCGCCUUAUAUCGUUCUGGGAUGUAGUUUCUUUGGGUAAGAAAACCGCUAACAACAAUCUGGCUGAGGUUGAGGCCGAACCUAUUCCUCCAACUGCUCAAUCUCCUGCUAUUAUCAUGUACACGUCUGGGAGCACUGGAAAUCCUAAAGGUGUAAUAUUGACUCAUCAGAACAUCGUGGCAACCCUUAGUUCCUUCUUGUAUAACCUUGAUCCUGAACCUACAGACAUGUAUAUAGCCUACCUACCCCUGGCCCACGUUCUGGAACUCCUGGGAGAAAGUAUGAUGGUUGUCUGGGGAAUCACUAUCGGAUACAGUGGUCCAAACACACUCACAGACAAAUCAACAAUGAUAAAGCGAGGACAGAAGGGGGACGCAACCGUUCUCCGUCCUACAAUCAUGUUCUGUGUUCCCCUUAUCCUGGAUAGGAUCUACAAAGGAGUGACGGAGAAUAUUAAGAAGCGUGGAGAGUUCCUCACCAAGCUGAUGGACUACUGUAUCAACUACAGGAGCGAGUGCACCAAAAGGGGGGAGAUUACGCCGAUAAUGGAUCGGUUGUUGUUUAAGAAUAUCCGAGCUCUGAUCGGGGGUAGGGUUCGAGCGAUCAUGAGCGGGGGAGCUCCUCUAUCUCCGGAAACUCAUGAUUAUCUCAAGAAUGUUCUUGGAUGUCCAAUUCUUCAGGGCUAUGGAUUAACUGAAACAUGUGCUUGUGGGGCUAUCAUGAACAUGGAUGAAAACUCCACUAGUAGAGUAGGACCUCCGGUACAGAAUACAAGGAUAAAGCUUGUGAACUGGGAGGAAGGAAACUAUAGAGUUACAGAUAAACCUAAUCCCAGGGGAGAAAUCAUUAUAGGUGGAAGAAAUGUUGCUGCUGGAUACUACAAACUACCGGAUAAGACCGCCGAGGAGUUCCACACAGAUGCUGAGGGGCGAAGAUGGUUUCAAACCGGAGACAUCGGAGAAUUCUACAGGGACGGAACUAUAAAGAUUAUUGACCGGAAGAAAGAUCUUGUAAAACUACAGUUUGGAGAAUAUGUUUCCCUAGGGAAGGUGGAAGCUACCCUCAAGGGUUGUCCUGUUGUAUCUAAUGUAUGCAUAUAUGGGGAUUCCUCUAAAUCCUACGUGGUUGGUAUCGUGUGCCCGGUCCCAGAACAGCUGACUAAGCUGGCCGCUAAAUACGGAAAAUCAAACCUCUCUUUCAUAGAACAGUGUCAGGAUAAGGAUGUAACUGGUGCAGUACUCCGGGAGGUGGUGAACCACUGCAAACAAACUAAACUUGAAAAGUUUGAAGUACCAGGUGCGCUAUGUUUGACCGGAGAUGAGUGGACCCCUGAAUCAGGAUUAAGUACCGCUGCCAUGAAGUUGAAAAGACGGCCCAUCCAGGAUAGAUACCAGGCGGAUAUAGAUCGUAUGUACAACAACUGAAACCGGUUUACUCGCGUAUUUUUCGCGGAUUUGUUCAAAUAUCUGGGGUUUACGGUGUCGGUGAUAUUUUUAACAAAAUACUGUACAUAACAAUACAAUGCACAGUACACCAAUAUGCAAGAUUCACAACUUCAAUGUCCCUCCAAGAAUAUUAGGGAACUAACAAAGUAGAAAAACCUUUCAAUAUAAAUAUGUACCUAGCUAGAUGCACAUCACACAUGUACAAUGUACUGUUGCACACUGCACAUGUACAAUUUACGUUGAACACCGUAAAUGCACAGUGUACAUAGUUGCGAUUAAAAUUAUUAACUAUUUUUUAAUCUUUUGAUCCAUCCCUCGUAGAUUGAUAUUUAUUAAUUUUCAUGAAGGGCUAUGUUAAUUUUGGCCCUUGAACUGAAAGUACAGUACAUCAUUUCUUAGUUUUCCAUUUAUCACUUUUACGUACAUACGGUUUUUUAUCAAUUGUUUCCAACAAGUUCUCAAAACAUAUUUAGAUAAAAAUACUCUUUGGAUUUAUUGAAAUUAAAAGUAUAAUAAACCCCCAAAUGUGAUCUAAAAGUAUUUUUUUUCAUUUGUAAACUCGGCAUUUUCAGCUUGUGUCAUAUAGUCGAAACUGAUAUAUUUUGAUCGGAUUUUCUAGUUUUAUAAAGGAUUGGAGUAAACUGUGAUCGAAAUUCUUCGAGAUUUUUUCAACGUGGAAAUUUUUUAAGGCAUUAAACAUUGUAUUUUGGAUUUGUGUAAAUUAAAUGAUUAACCCCUUAAGGAAAAAAAACUUGUAACAGUAAUAUUUCGUAUUUCACACUUUCGAUAAUUGUACGCAACUGUAAUUUUAUAUUUUUAAAAUUUUUAUUUCCGAAAUGUAUCCUAACUAGGUCCAAAUUGGUGUGAUUUACGGCAAAUUAAAUGUGAUAAGCUUUGUACUUUUAUCAUACGCAAAAUAAAACCAUAUUAUUUAAAAA